GCGAGUGGGGCGCCGCCCUUCCGAUAGAAGAUGUUGCUGCAGCCAAAGAGACAAAGAGAGACCAGCGUCUCGCGGAAGCAGCCUCCAAGUCUCUGUCACGGACAAAGUCUUCUUUCAACUGCACCCUGUCACGUGCAAGCACGAAUACCGCGGUGCGUAGACCGUAGUGUGGUGCCUUCUUACAGUGUUGUGAAGACGGAAGUGACGGGACGAUUUCUCUCAGGCACCUUUUUGGAAAUAGUUGCAUGAAAAUAUCGCCGCUUGCCCAGAUAUGUCCGUUGCAUACAAAAACAGAAUACAGGACUUCAAAGUAGCUUUGACAGAAGAAAACAUAAACUUGCAAACACUGAGGGAGCUGUGCUUCAAUGGAAUUCCCUUUGAAGGAGGCAUACGGGCACUUAGCUGGAAGAUCCUUCUUAAUUACCUUCCUCUUGAUCAGACACGAUGGGACUCGUUCCUCAAAAAGGAGAGGGAGGUGUAUACACAGUUUCUGAAAGAAAUGAUCAUCCAACCUGGCAUUGCCAAGGCCAACCUGGGCCUAUCCAGAGAAGACGUUACAAUGGAAGACCAUCCUCUAAAUCCGAAUCCAGAGAGCAGGUGGAAUACAUAUUUCAAAGAUAAUGAAAUUCUACUUCAAAUUGAUAAGGAUGUAAGGAGGCUGUAUCCAGACAUGGCCUUUUUUCAGCGUCCGACGGACUACCCUUGCCAACUCAUCUUAGACCCUCAGAAUGAUUAUGAGACAUUGCGUCGACGAGUGGAACAAACCACCCUGAAAGCACAAACGGUCAAUCGCAACCGCAGCGGAGUAACUAAUGUCAGCUCCCCUGGAAAGUCUUUGAACCUGUACCCAUCUAAUGAAUACGAGGUGUUGCCCAACGGGAGUGAAGCACAUUGGGAAGUGGUGGAGCGCAUCCUCUUCAUCUAUGCCAAACUCAAUCCUGGGAUUGCUUAUGUCCAGGGCAUGAAUGAAAUUGUUGGUCCAAUCUACUACACCUUUGCCACAGACCCCAACAGCCAAUGGAAAGAACAUGCAGAAGCAGACACAUUCUUCUGUUUUACCAACCUCAUGUCAGAAAACAGAGAUAAUUUCAUCAAGAGCCUGGAUGAUUCCCAGUGUGGCAUAACAUACAAGAUGGAGAGUGUGUACUCAAUGCUCAAAGAAAAAGACCAGGAGCUCUAUUUCAAGCUUCUAGAACAGAAUAUCAAGCCUCAGUACUUCACCUUCCGCUGGCUGACCCUGUUGCUAUCACAGGAGUUCCUCUUACCAGAUGUCAUCCGCAUUUGGGAUACCCUGUUUUCUGACCAGGACCGCUUCCACUUCCUCAUCCUGGUCUGCUGUGCCAUGCUCAUACUGAUCCGGGAGAACCUCCUGGCUGGAGACUUCACAGUGAAUAUGAGAUUACUACAGGAUUACCCCAUCUCAGAUGUCCAUACCAUCCUGACCAAGGCCAAAGAGCUGCAGGACAACUCAUAAGCCUCUUCAUAACUCUUCCAAUCCGCUGCUUCCUGUCAGACAUCGAGCGGAAGCCCGAACAACGACAAAGCAUUAGCAAUUAUGUUUAAAGCCCUUCACGCAUGUGUUGUGGAGGACAAAAAAACAAAUGGAAAAAAAACAACUUGCCUUUUAACAGGAUGACUGAUAUGAUGGUCCGAGGGGACCGCGAAGAGAAUGAUGGAGCGUCGUCUCUUGCGGUGAGGUGGAAAACGCGUCUCGUGCAUUGUGGGGGAGCGGCUCCCUCGUGGUCAUCCUCCCUGUCCUCAGCCAUCUCUCCCGCGGAGACUUGUCCUGACCACGUUUGCAUCGGGGACACCAGGAGGCAUUGUUACAUCGCUCCAACCAAUCGGUAUGAAAACAUUCCAGAGAUGUGCAACAGCGGAGUCGACAUUUGAACACUGCAUUCGCAUUUUGAAGCGUAUUCGGUUGGUUUGAGCAGGGGCGCAUGUUUUUUUUUUCCCCCCCUUUCCUACGUUUUUGAUUGUUGCGUGUUUUUAAAAUGUGAUGAAUCCUGUCUAUAGUUUUCUGAUCAUUGACAGUACUUGAAAGGUAAUUAAGAAGUGAUCAGACAAGGUGUUUUGGAAAAUAACAUUGUGCCUUUAGCCCUGUGAUGAAUUUCAAAAUGUUUUCCUCUUGAUCGCCCUUGACCGCAUGAAAUAUUGAAAGGAUUGAAAAAGACAUCCCAAGAUAAUUCACACUACCGAAGAUGUUAUGCCGCCAGUGCGGUAAAUUUAUUUUUACAUGUCAAACGUUUUACAGCUACUUGACGGAGCCAGGUUUACGUCGCACGUGAAAACUCUAGCGAAAGCUUUGACGGGACAUGUCUUCGUCUUUGCACAUUUGACACGACAUCCUGGAUGUGGCAGAAUGUGACUACGGGCUUGUACGUUUGUUUCGGUUUGUCUCGAGGAGAGAGCACCUGGGGCCGGGGGGGAGGUUGUUGUGAUCCAUCUUAAUUUUCCUUUGCGGCUCCUGUGCCUUUCGUGCAAUCGUUCAAAACUCACUUUUGGGGGACGUUCGACGUUUUCCUACCUUGGCGAUAACCGUGAAGGAUAUUACACUUGUUAAUUUGUAAAUGCUUCCUCGCGGGUUCCUGACUGAUUAAAUCACAGCAAGGCAGGCAACCUUGGUCUACCGCGGGGGUGUCGGAACUACGGCCUGAGGGGCCAUUUUUCAGCGGCCACUUUGUGCUCUGUGGCUGAUUUAUGAAGACAUCAUGUGAAUGAUCCUCAAGAAAUUCUUUGGGGAAAAAAUGGUCACUUUCCUACAGUUUGUUCUUUUUGGGGGGUCUGAGAGCUGGAUCUACCUCUACCUGUGAGAUAGAUGCCUGUUGUCCACUCCAAAAAAUCCUCAACGAUUUGCCUUUAACAGAAAGAGGAUGAAAUUAGCUAGACAAUAUAAAACAAUCUAGAAUUGCUUUCUUGACUGACGUUAGUACAUUUCAAAAAGUUGAAGAAUUUUAAAGUGGUCCUUUCAUCCUUCCAUUUUUCGUUGCGCGGCCCUCAAACGAAAAAGUUUGGACACCCCUGCUGUACUUGAUGUAAAAUCUGUCGAGUUGCAUGUUUCAAACUUUAUAAUCAUGAUUUUGUAAUGGCUCCGGUGUUAAUACUUGUAUAUAUGUUUUUACUCGUUUUCAGGUGUGCAUUAAAAUGAAUGAUGGUGUAACCUA